CAUUCGGUUAACUAUUCGUACAGGAUGUAGUACGUAAGUACGUCGAACACGUGCUCUAUAGAAGUAUACUGAUUCAUGAUAAGUACUUCUCUACCAAAAUUGACAGAUUAUCUAAAGUGAUCAAUUAGUUAUUAACCAAAAUAUGGCACAGAUUGGAAAUAUUUCAGCUGAUCAACUCAUUGCUGGCUCAAGUGUUUUAUCUAGACCAGCAGAAGAAUUUGAAAAUGAUCAAACAAUUGAAGCCUUGUGGGCAAUGAAAGCAAUGGAGCAUGCUGAAAUAUAUUUCAAUAUUUUAUGUUCAGUCGAUCCAAAAAUUUUAAGACUAACUCCCCAUGAUAAUACUAUUUAUAAGACUUUUAGAGAAAUUUUUCCAAACUUCAAAAUUGAUGUAAUAAAUGAAGAUGAAUUAAAGUCAGAAGAAGGUAAAAACAAAUGGAGACCAUUUUGUGAGCAGUUUAAAGAUCUUGUGGAAGAUUAUAGUUUUGGUACUUUAAUUCGAAUCAAUUGCACUGAUGAAUAUUCAGAAUCAAACAGUAUGUUGACAACUAGGAUACAAUUCUAUGCAAUUGAAUUGGCUCGUAAUAGAGAAGGAUUUAAUGAUCAAAUAAGACAGAAAUUUAAACCCAAAAAGAUUCAGAAAAUAUCUUGUUGAAAUGUAUUCUGCACAUAUUUUACUAUCUAAAGAUAAUUUUCUUAAAAACUAAAAAGACAAUUACAUUUUCACAUUUAGUAAUUCUUGAUUUAAUUACUUUUUACCUUUGUCAUUUUUAUUAACUUUGGUGUGAAGUUACACUUCAUAAGUUUGAAUUGCAGCAAAGAAAUUUUUACAACUUAAUUAUCUACUUAUGAGUUAAAAGACAUUUCUGCAAUAUGUAAAUUAUGAGAAAACAAGUUGAUCAGAUAAAAAAUAUGAAUAAUUCUUUAUGUAAUAUCUAUCUUUUUACAACAUAA